GAAACUGUUUAACACCGUCCCUGUAAAGUGAAAAGCUGUGUAAUGGAGGCGUAGUGUUUUUGUUUUGAUUCCUUUCAAACCGGCGAUGGCACUGGCUCGAUAGCUUUAAGGACGUCGACGGUGGUAAACAUUGCGUAGCGUCGGUGGGAAAUAUUGGAUAAUGCAGCAGUUGGUGUGAUGGUUUCGUGAAGCGUUUAAUUAACAGUGGCGCUUUCCUUAAUAAGUGAUCUGAAAUAGAUACUUUAAAAAAUAAUCUCAAACAUUUCGCUGAUAGGAAGGGGAAAGCCUCUCCCAGCGCCGGACACGAAAGCUGCACGCAAUACGCGCACAGACCUGUUCGCGCCAAUCGACCUGCCAAGCCCUGCAGGCCUUUCCUUGUGUUUUUCUUCUCUCGCUCCCCCACUGGGGCGGCUCCGUGAAGUGGUGUUACUUUUUCCACCCUUCCACAAUCACUCACACACGUGAUCGCGAGGUUUCGACGUUCGUUUGGCGCUAAGUGUUGCGUGAGUACUGCUAGUGUUUGUACGCGUGUGUGUGUGCGUGUGUGUUUGUGAGUGCAUCUGUGUGUUAAGGUGAUCUUUCACAGCCUCGACAAGCAACUGCUCCAAUAUCGCCGGUUACGCACAGUGUGCGAUCUUGCGCUUUUUGUCAGUAGUGAAGUUAUUGUAGUUCCUGUUUGUGCUCCCCUGUCUCGUGUGCGAAUUUGUGCAUUUUUUGCGUGCGUGCGUGCGUGCACGUGAAUGGGGAGAUAUAAGUGUUAUUGUGCUAGUGUGUAAAAACGAGUGUUUGUGCGUGUGUGUGUGUGUGUGUGUGUGUGUAAAUCUACAAGUGAUCGAUUGUGCAGUGUUUGCAUCGGCAGCGAGUUCUCUCUAUCAAGCUGCGGCCGCCGCCGCCGGUUGACUGCAGGUGAUUCGGUUUUGCAUCGCCGAGAUCGCAUCUGUAGUCUACCGGAACGAUCCCUCGUACCGUACCCGGUUUAUGUUUCUUCGUCCAUCGUCUUCGCUCGAACGCUCUCGUCAACCGAAACCGAAGUGCGACGAGACGGCUACGACGACAGAACAACGGGCCAUUAAUUUCCAGCGUGACACGGCACACGGGCCGUGUAACGAGUGGCAACGAAUAAUUCGACCAGCGGCCACAAAAAACCAACACCCCUGUACAGCACCAUGCGUCCGGUCGACGCGUCCCGAAACAGUCGCAUCCUGCUCGGUGCGAUCGUGAUCCUCGCGAUCUCGAUGCGACAAGCCACUGCCAGCGCUUCGUUGUCUGGAUAUCGGGAACCGUGCACAAACGAGGGCGAAGAGGUUAGGAUCAGCAUGCCGUGCUUCAAGUGUAUCUGCAAGAACGGCUUCGUGGAGUGUGAGCAGGAAAGCUGCCCGGCGGUGGACGAUUGCUACAUCUACAAAAAGAAAGGUCCGGACGAAUGCUGCGACAAGUGUAUCGGAUGUUUAUACCAGGGCCGACACAUCGACAGCGGUACCGAGUGGACCGAUCCGGACGAUCCCUGCAUGCACUACAAAUGCGUUUCCGGUGUGGUAACGCGCUCGGAGAUGAAAUGUUACGCACCGUGCUCCGAUCCAAGUCCACCGCGCAAAGGCCAGUGCUGUCCGACCUGUUUAGGUUGCCGACUGAACGGACAGAAGGUGCUUGGGGAGGCGACACUCAGCGAGGAUCCGUGCGUGAAGUGUACGUGCAGCGGGCACAAGCUGACCUGCACGAAGCGUUCCUGUCCGGUGCUGCAGUGCCCACUGUCCAAGCAGAUCCGCACGCCGGGCGAAUGCUGUCCGCGGUGUAACGACCGGCGGGAGGAAAUCCAUCGCGGCUCGCCGUUGUGCAUCCUUGGCAAGGCGGUUCACUUCCCGGGCAAACCGUACCAUGGAGAUCAGUGCUCGAACUGUACCUGCCAGAAUGGGACGUCCGUGUGCGAGAAGAGCACCUGCCCGAUACUGGAGUGUGCGCUGGAGGAUCAGCAACGGGAGCCGGGCGAAUGCUGUCCGUCCUGCCCGAUGCCGGCCGAGUUCCGGAGCACUUGUGCUGCGGCAGGGAAGGUUUAUCAGAACAACGAAACGUGGAGCCUGAACGCGUGCACGUCCUGCGAGUGCCGGGCGGGCGAGGUCCGCUGUGCCAACAUCCAGUGUCCGAAGAAAAAGUGUGGCCCGAACGAAACGCUCCUCUCCGUGUCGGGCGAAUGCUGCCCGCGGUGCGUCGAAAGCCCGGCCGUCUGUACCGUGUUCGGCGAUCCGCACUACAAAACGUUCGACGGGAACUUUUACAGCUUCCAGGGCUCGUGCAAGUACCAGCUGACGGCGGACUGCGUCGGCCACACGUUCUCGAUACGCGUCACGAACGAUGCGCGGCUGACGAAGUACUCCUCCUGGACGAAAACGGUCACGCUGAAGCUGGAGGGCGUGAAGGUGAACCUGGGCCACCGGAUGCGCGUGAAGGUGAACGGGACGCGGGUCGAGCCACCGUACCGGUUAAACCAAACGCUCGACAUCCAUCGCAGCGCGGACGGCACGGAGGUGAUCGUGGAGACGGCGCUGGGCGUGAAGCUGUCCUGGGACGGGCUAAACUUCAUCCAGGUGCAGGUACCGACCGCGUACAAGGGCAAGCUGUGCGGGCUGUGCGGUAACUACAACAGCAUCUUCCGGGACGAUCUGUUCACCCGGGCCGGGCUCAACAUGACGCACAACGUGUGGCGCUUUGCCCGAUCGUGGGCCGUCGGCGGUCCGAAGGCGUGUACGCGCCAGCGCAAGAAGGAGCUGGCCGCCCGCCAUCCGCAGUGCAAAACGAAGAAGCUGUACCCGCUGUGCAAGCCGCUCCGGACGGCGGAAGUGUUUGGGCGGUGCAACUCGCUGCUCAACCCGGACAACUACUUCGCGUCCUGCAAGUUCGACAUGUGCGAGUGCCCGCAUCGGCAGUGCUACUGCGACAGUAUGGCGGCGUACGCCCACGAGUGCGUCCGGCAGGGUGUGCAGCUGCCCGACUGGCGCACGCUGACCGGGUGUAGUCGCAAUGCGUCCGGGUUGCUGCCACCGGCAGCUCGAGCAGGCGGUGGACCAUUGCUGCUGCUCGAGCCGAACGCGAUCGAUGCCGGCAUCUUGCAGCAGCAGCUGCCGGGUGGCAACAGCAUACGGCGCCAUCCGAAGCGAUUGCGCCGGCCGAAGCUGAUCGAGCAGCGGGAGCAGCAGGGGCUGGAGCUGGAUCUGCCGCUGCAUCUCACGCACGACCGGAAGCAUCACAAGCUGCUGCAUCAUCCACUGUACCGGAAGCAGCAGUUGCAGCAGCAGCAGCAGCAGCAGCAAAAGCAGCAGCAAAACAACAUCCCAUUGCAACCGAUCAGUGGCAAUCGUCGGACACCGCCACCACUGCAGCGCUAAGGUCCCUUCCCAGAGUCGUCUCCUUUCCUGAACUUCACCCUCCCCUCUGGUUUGCUCUGGAAGCGAACACAGGGUGGUCAAUCUGAUCUGCAACAACUCCUCAUGCCAUACCACAACCCCAGUAUAUGCCACCCCAUCCAUUAAUUCCUCAUUCUAUCUCUCUCUCUGUCUUUGUCUCUCUCUCUACUCACAUUACCGAAGCAGAACAAAAUGCCCUCCCCCCCCCUCCUCUCCCCGCGCAAUUCUCGCUUGUGUUGUAUUGCACCUUUACUUUAAUACUUUGUAGCAGGAUCGUUUAGGAUUAUUUGUUUGCUUGCUAAGGUCCGUAGUUUAAUUUCCGUCAGGCACACCCGGCCACAUCUGGGGUUUUUUUUGUACAUAUUAGUUAACUGCAGGGAAAAAUGUGUGUGUGUAAACAAUCUGGCCCCCGCCCCGUUAUGCUUUCCCCAUCCCUCCCUGGAGUGUUUUACACCGAAGAAAGUAGAAGAAAAGGGGAAAAUAAUAGGACGAUGAUGAAUCUGCGCUAGUAACAUGAAUAAUCUCACUUAACAAAACAGAACGAAAAAGAUAAUGAAUGUGUGCGUGUGUGUUUGUAUGAAUGUCUGUAUGUAUGAGAGAGUGCAAAUGAACGACCAAAACCAAUCCAAGCAAACAUAGUCCUUAACCGGCCUCAAAUAGGUAACCUACAAAACGGUUGCCAGAGCAACCCAAAAAAGGGGAGCAUUUAGGGAGCUUAUUCGUCCCUUUUUUGACUAUUGUUUUUAAAUUUUCGUAUUGAUUAGUGAAAAAUAGGGAAUGGAGAGGAAAUACGGAGAGGGGAUUGAAGCGGGGGCUGGAAGUCUUCUAUUUUUAAGUACAAAAACAAACCGGCAAACAGUCACCGACCGUCGCGAGGUGAUUGAGAAUGGUUUUGCCUUUCAGGUUCGGAAUUACACCACUUGAAAUCUGUUUUUUUUUUUUUGUAAUGGUUUUUAUUCUAGAAGCCUUUUUUAUGAUUUUUCAUUAUUAUUAUCGUUUUACAAUUUAUCCUUGUGCCUUCCAACAUUUGUUUUAUCGACUUCUUCGAAUCGCGCCUAGUUUAGUAAUUUUAUUAUCUUAGUAUGUAAUUGUACUUUUUUAUAUAUUAAACUCAUCCUAGCGAAACUUUCAGCUCCCAUGUUUUUGAAAGGUUGCUAAGCGCCUAUUACUACGAUUAAGAAUGCUAUCUUGUAAAAUUCUUACUCUUGUGACAGUUCAUCAGUAUUUAUUUUUUGCGUGUUUUUAAACUGUCCACACACACACACACACAUAACCGUUACGUUCAUCGCUCAACAUCCUUUUUUCUUGGUUCGUCGCGCUUUUCCGACGAAAUUGCUAUAAUUUUGAAAAGGUUAAUUUCACCUAAAACCCCUUCCUUCACCCCCCCCCUCCCCCACUGCAUUGUGUUUAUUGCUUGCGUACGUGUUUAGUCUGGCCAUUAUUUGGCACCGGAAGUUUAUCUUGUCCCCUUGAGGUGGGCCACUCCCCGCCGUAGGAAGAAUCGACCGCCUCGAGCGCCCGCAUGCUGGGAAGGAAAUGUUUAGCUAGCAAGUUUUGGAAACAAUAGCGAGAAGCUACUUGGAUGCGAAAAUGAGGUGUGCACGUGUGAAAAAACAGAGGAAGAAAAUCUCAACAUUCCAUCAUUGACCGUUGCCAUGGGAUUUUUUUCUGUUGCAUUUUCUGUAUUGGUUUGGUUUUGCUUUGCGUGCCAACACGAUAGAAACAAUCCUUUGCUGAUACUUAAUUGGAUACUUAAUUUGCUGCGCUGCGCAUCAUGCUUUUUUGCGUAAAGGGCGUCGAGUUUGAAGAGGCGCAAAGAAUGAUUACUUAAGCCAAUCUCGCUAGAGCUAGAGGGGGCCGAGCUGGAAGGAUGCGGAAAGGAUGAACGGAAACGGUUAGAAGUAGUUAAGGUACGACUUUAUUAAACCUAAAAUUAAAGAAACAAUAAAUAACUAGAAACAAGGCCACAAACCAACUCUCCAGUGAAAAUGAUACUAAACUGUUCUUAGGUGUAAACUGCUUUAGGUAAGGAGGUUUAAGGAAGGAUAAAGAAGGCAAGAGGAAAGAAGAUACAAUAGAAAGAUAGAAACGAAAGAGAAUGUGAAAAGAAAGGUAAAAGCUAGAAGUAAAUGCUGGCAAUGAAGCGGAGCGUGAAAAAAUAUGUGAUCUCGUGAGUGAAUUAGUUAAUUGAAUUUGAACAAAACCGUGGCAUGGCGUGCGAAAGAUGGGCGAACGAAAGCUGGGUGAAAAGCUAAAAAAUCGAACGAGAAUGUGUUGCGUACGUGUGUUGCGGGUUGUAAGGGAGAAAAUGAUUAUUAAAAGGAUUUCGAAAACAAAAAAACGUUACUCAAAUUUCAUGCGUAGGUAAUGAUGUUAAAAUUGGAAAAUGUGGGGAAGAGACGAGUGAGUUCGAUUUAAAAAGAAAAUGAAAAGAGCAAACAUGUUAAACGUGCAACGCACAAAUACACGCACCCAUAAAUGCAAAACUUUUACAACGAUUGAACUGGUGAUCGAUGAUUUGUUUUUAAAGUAUCUCUAAUGGUUCCUACAUACAUACCAACAUUGCACACCGAAACACAGCCACACACACACACACAACCACGGAGCCAAGCGGCGGCUACAAGCGCAUACAAGCGUAGGAGCAACAUUACACACAUCGACACACAUUCAUGCUUACACUCAAAAAUCAAAAAGUUACGGAACAAAAACUAGGCUUAAGAAGCGGUUAAGCCUAAUGAACUAAUGGAAAAACACACAUAAAAAUGCGUAAAGGUUAAUCUAAUUUAUUGUACAGACUCGAAGUUAGCAAAAAAGCUAAAUUUAAUGAAACAGUCUCCUUCCUUCUCCCCAACCCCCUCCAAAUCACCGUUGAUCCGGUAUUUGUUUCCUCGUGUUUUGCCAAAACCAGCAUAGGAAAGUGGCGCUCUGUACGAGCGCGGCCCCGAGGCAAUGAUAAACUGCCCCGAGACCGAGGAGGGCGCUCUUGUGCGUGUUUGUGAGUGAAAAUGACCAACCAGUAAUAAAAUACAGUGUAUGUGACAAAAUCA